AUGCGGCCUGCAGGCCUCGAAGGUCCUGGUGUGCUCGGCCGGCUGUGUCUGUUGCUCUUACUGUUCCUGCCGCUGCUGCCCCCGGCUCCCUGCACCCUGACCACGCCAGGCACGCCCAGUGCGCAGACCACAGCAAGCGUGAGCAGCACUCCUGACCUUAGAGAGCGUGCGCGGGCCUUGAUGCGGGCCUCCCCACUCAUAGACGGUAACAACGACCUGCCUCUGCUAUUGGCCCAGCUUUUCCAGAACAAGCUACAGAAUGUUAAUCUGCGCAAUUUCAGCCGUGGCCAGACCAGCUUGGACAGACUUAGGGAUGGCCUCGUGGGUGCUCAGUUCUGGUCAGCCCACAUUCCAUGCCAGACCCAAGACCAGGACGCCGUGCGCAUCGCAUUGGAGCAGAUUGACCUCAUUCACCGCAUGUGUGCCUCCUACUCUGAACUGGAGUUUGUGAUCUCAGCUGAAGAUCUGAACAGCAGCCAAAAGCUCGCCUGCCUCAUUGGAGUGGAGGGCGGUCAUUCCAUGGACAGCAGCCUCUCAGUACUGCGCAGUUUCUACAUGCUGGGAGUACGCUACCUGAUGCUCACCUCCACCUGCAGCACGCCCUGGGCAGAGAGUUCCCUCAAGUUUAAACAUCACUUCUACCUCAACGUCAGCGGGUUGACCACCUUUGGUGAGAAGGUGGUGAGGGAAAUGAACCGCCUGGGCAUGAUGGUGGAUUUGUCCUAUGGGUCGGACGCCUUGAUGAGGCGGGUCCUGGAGGUAUCACAGGCUCCUGUAAUCUUCUCCCACUCAGCCGCCAGAGGUGUGUGCAACAAUGUGCUGAAUGUUCCCGAUGACAUUCUACACCUUUUGAAGAAGAAUGAUGGUAUCGUGAUGUUAACACUGUCCAUGGGGGUGCUUCAGUGUGACCUGCUAGCAAAUGUGUCCACAGUGGCAGAUCAUUUUGACCAUAUCAGAGCAGUCAUUGGAUCCGAGUUCAUCGGGAUUAGUGGAAAUUUUGAUGGGUCUGGCCGAUUCCCUCAAGGGCUGGAGGAUGUUUCCACAUACCCAGUGCUGAUAGAGGAAUUGCUGAGACGUGGCUGGAGUGAGGAAGAGCUCAGGGGUGUCCUUCGUGGAAACCUGCUGAGAGUCUUCAGACAAGUGGAACAGGUAAGAGAAGAAAACAGAGGACAAAACCCUGUGGAGGACAAAUCUCCAGACAGGCUGCUGGGAAUAUCCUGCCACUCCCACCUCCUGCCUCAGCCUCAGAAAGAGCAUCACAUGGAGCAGAACAAAUGGCUAUCGGAUCACACUCUCCAGAUGUCCUCAGAAGCCUCCCCACCCCUCAUCCCCAGCCUGGUGGCUACUGCCACAUUCUCAGUCCUCGUCCUGCGGCUCUGCUGGCCUAGCCAUUACUCUGAAGGUCACUGUGGCAGCUGCAGACUUCCCUCCUAG